AUGGAGGCCACAGAGAAGCAGCAUCUGUUGGACGCCAGGCCUGAAGCUCGGUCAUACAUGGGAUCUGUACGGCAGGAUGGGGCUGGCUGGAUCCCUCUGCCCCAGCGUGGCCUAGACUUGCAGGCCAUUGAGCUGGCCGUCCAGAGCAACCACUACUGCCAUGCUCAGAAUGAUCCUGGCAGCCACUACGACCCCAAGAAGGAGCGAGCUCGGAGCCAGCUCUAUGUGGCCUCUGCCAUCUGCCUGGUGUUCAUGAUUGGGGAAGUUGUUGGUGGGUACCUGGCACAUAGCUUGGCGAUAAUGACCGAUGCAGCCCACCUGCUCACUGACUUUGCCAGCAUGCUUAUCAGCCUCUUCUCCCUCUGGUUGUCCUCCUGGCCGGCCACCAAGACCAUGAACUUCGGCUGGCAGCGAGCUGAGAUCCUGGGAGCCCUGCUGUCUGUGCUGUCCAUCUGGGUGGUGACCGGGGUGCUGGUGUACCUGGCGGUGGAGCGGCUAAUCUCUGGGGACUAUGAGAUUGAGGGGGGGACCAUGCUGAUCACAUCGGGCUGUGCAGUGGCUGUAAACAUCAUAAUGGGGCUGAUCCUUCACCAAUCUGACCAUGGGCACAGCCACGGCCACAGCCACAGCCACAAUACCAGUGAGCAGCAGCAGAACCCCAGUGUCCGAGCUGCCUUUGUCCAUGUGAUUGGGGACUUUAUGCAGAGCUUGGGCGUCUUGGUGGCAGCCUAUAUUUUAUACUUCAAGCCGGAGUACAAGUACGUAGACCCUAUCUGCACCUUCCUCUUCUCCAUCCUCGUCCUGGGGACGACCUUGACCAUCUUGAGAGAUGUGAUCCUGGUGCUGAUGGAAGGGACCCCCAAGGGCGUGGACUUCACAGCUGUGCGGGAUCUGCUGCUGUCGGUGGAGGGGGUGGAAGCCUUGCACAGCCUGCAUAUCUGGGCGCUGACCGUGGCCCAGCCUGUCCUGUCUGUCCACAUUGCCAUUGCUCAGAACGCAGAUGCCCAGGCUGUGCUGAAGGCGGCCAGCACCCGGCUCCAGGGGAAGUUCCAUUUCCACACGAUGACCAUCCAGAUUGAGGACUACUCUGAGGACAUGAAGGACUGUCAGAAGUGCCAAGGCCCCUCUGACUGACUGCUUGGCCAGGCACCGACUGGGGUAUGGACAAGACCUGCAGGUGGCAGGACUGAGUGCCCCAGGCCCAGCCAGGACUUCACUACCCAGGCUGCUUCAUAAAACUCCUGACCUCUGCUCCAUGUUCAGUGGGGAGCCUUGCCCUACCUUAGGAAUGGGGCUCUUCCCCUGCCUCCCCCAUCUGACUAUGGCCAGCCCGGGGGUGGGGACUUGGCCAGUAUAAAUCCAGUGUGACCCAUUCCUCGAGCUCCUGCGUCAGCUCUUGGUGGGAUUGGGUUUGGGCCUAAUUCUGAACUAAUGCUGUCUUACCCCCCGCAGCAGGCAAGGCAAUGGGGCACCUCAAUAUCCCCUCGCCUGCCUCCCUCAUUUCCCAUUUCACCCUGCCUAGCCUCUGCCUUAUGAAUCUGUAAUGAAUCCCUGGAACAGAGCCCCUUCCUUCUGCCCAAAACAAUAUGGUUGAAGGAGGCCAUGG